GGCCUAGGUGUGGCCACAGGUGAGCCCCACGGAGCACAGCUUUCACUGCCACUCGGUGCUGGCCUUUUUGACACAUUGCAGCGCCUUUUCCGGGAUACCUGCAACUCAAGGCCUACGAUGGACGCUCUAAGGCUGGCAAAUUCAGCUUUUGCUGUUGACUUCUUCAAACAACUAGCCGAAAAGGAGCCAGCAGGAAAUGUUCUCUUUUCUCCAAUAUGCCUCUCCACUUCCCUCUCGCUUGCUCAAGUAGGUGCCAAAGGCAACACAGCAAAUGAAAUUUCACAGGUCCUUCAUUUUGAGAAUGUCAAAGAUGUACCCUUUGGAUUCCAAACAGUCACUUCUGAUGUUAACAAGCUCAGUUCCUUUUACUCUUUGAAACUAAUCAAGCGACUCUACGUGGACAAAUCUCUGAACCCUUCUACAGAAUUUAUCAGUUCUACAAAAAGACCAUACGCAAAUGAAUUGGAAACUGUUGACUUCAAAGAUAAACUGGAAGAAACGAAAGGUCAAAUUAACAGCUCCAUUAAGGAGCUCACAGAUGGCCACUUUGAGAACAUUUUAUCAGAGAACAAUAUAAGUGACCAGACGAAAAUCCUUGUGGUCAACGCCGCCUACUUUGUUGGAAAGUGGAUGAAGAAAUUUCCUGAGUCAGAAACAAAAGAAUGUCCGUUCAGAGUCAACAAGACAGAUACCAAACCAGUACAGAUGAUGAAUCUCGAGGCUACAUUCUGUUUGGGCAACAUUGAUGACAUCAACUCUAAGAUCAUAGAGCUUCCUUUCCAGAACAAGCACCUCAGCAUGCUCAUCGUGCUCCCCAAGGAUGUGGAGGAUGAGUCCACGGGCCUGGAGAAGAUUGAAAAGCAACUCAGUCCUGACACGCUGUUGCAGUGGACCAAUCCCAGCACCAUGGCCAACGCCAAAGUCAAGCUCUCGCUCCCCAAGUUCAAGGUGGAAAAGACCAUUGAUCCCAAGGCUAGUCUCGAAAGCCUCGGGCUAAAAAAUCUCUUCGAUGAAAACACAUCUGAUUUCUCUGGAAUGUCAGAGACCAAGGGAGUGUCCCUAUCAAAUGUGAUUCACAGAGUGUGCCUAGAAAUAACUGAAGAUGGUGGAGAGUCCAUCGAGGUGCCAGGAUCCCGAAUCUUACAGCACAAGGAUGAAUUCAAUGCCGACCACCCAUUUAUUUAUCUCAUUAGACACAACAAAACACGAAACAUCAUUUUCUUUGGCAAAUUCUGUUCUCCUUAAGUGGCAGGGCCUUGCCAAGUCUCAGGUAACUUGUCUGUAGUUGCAUAUCUCUGUCAACUUUUUAUCCAGACAAUCACUUUCUAAACAAUAAAUUGUUAAUUUUGCUGAAUCAGGAAGCCGUUGAUACUUGUCAUCUGUAGCCUUCACACUAACAGACACUUCUUUUCCAAUCCCUCUUUGUUUUCUUUUGUCAAAACAAAUAGCACAUACUUGCAAUGAAAGGGAGCCACAUUAGAAAAUAUGUGUUCUUUAUUUGUCAAAGCAUCUAGAGCUAUGGACAAAAAUGCAGUCUUCAAGAGAGGAAUUCCUGAAAAGUUGAUGUGGAGGACAUUAUUCUCAGGACUUUGCCUUCACUGAGAUAAAGAAUGUCAUAGACACUUUUACUCUUUUAAAGCUUUAAUGCACUCUAGAGUAUAAGGCCCACAAAAUUACCCUUUUCCAGUGAAAUUUGUGUACAUGGCACAAUGCUGUAAGUCCACAUGUCUUCAUGUUAAACCCUGAGAAGCAGUUUAUUUUUUUUUUUAUUUUUUUUUAUUUUCAAGAUCUUAAGGGGAGACGUUAGAAAGAUGACACGUUGUAAAUACUAUAUAUUAAAAACUCCACAUAUAGGUUCUGGAAUAUGACCCUAUAAGUCAAAACCUUAGUAUUUCUUCCAUAAAUAUAGAUUAUUCACACAAAAUGGGUACAUAAAGAUAGUUCACAAGUAAUCAAAUUUUUCUGAAAAAUGAGAAAUUUGUCAGUUUAUGGAAACAAUUUGCAGAACAUUCUCACUCUUGGAGUGUUGAAUAAAGAAUUUUGGGCCUAUUUUAACUGAAGACCAGGACCCUAGGGGAAAGCUCAGCUUUUACAGAAAUUGGUUUUCAUAUUUUUCCUGGCAGUUCUACCUGGUCAUUUGGGUGAUGCUGUUGCUGGCAGGGCUUCUAACCAGAUCACAAGGUUCCUAACACCUCCAACACCAACAACUUAACAUCUAUAGGGAUUCUCGUGAUGAUAAGAGUUUUGUGGUCGUUGAAGGACCUUUUCUCGUUGUCUAAUGUAACAGUGGGAAAGGGAAGGAUCCCAAACCUUCAGAAAACACAAACAAAACUAUUUCAGCACCUACAAUGCUUCAGCAUAUGGUUUUUUUUCCGUAUAAAAAUCUAGCUUUUUCAGGUAGCAGUUUGUAAUUUACACAAAUAACUUAUAAAAUGGUUCUGAUAAGUUAGCUAUGUUGCAACAACCCAAUUUUUAAAUUCACUACCAAAAAGGAAGUAUUUGUGGAAGCUUUUCUUAUAUGUCUCCCCUUAUCAAAUUUCUUGCCAUUUAUUGUAAAUAAGGUUCUUUUUCUUCCAAAGGUUCAAUGGUGACCUUUUUCUGUGCU